AUGGUUGGACGCAGUAGAUCUCUGCACCAGACAGAUUACAAAAACGACGCGGUUUACCUGUUCCAGUUCCCGCGCUCCAGCUUCAUCCCGAAUAUCUCACCGUUCUGUCUAAAGCUCGAAACGUGGCUGCGCAUGAACAGUGUGCCGUAUGAGGUGAGUAUCAAAUGCACAAAUUUGUGGGUGACUCGCUCGAAUCCAAGAUCGCCGAUCGAUCGAUGUGUGCUUCGCAAUGCGUCUACUCUUUCUUUCACUAAGAACUCAAAUUACGUCUAUUUGCCGUCGGAACUGGUCCGCGGUUGCCAGCGCGCCAACUCUCCUCUUUGCGUUUCGUCUAAAGCGAAAAUUGCCGGCCCUGUUUCCGCUACCGUUCCGUUGCCCGACGCUCGUUUAAAAGUACUUCUGAAAUGA